UCAUUAGCUCCCCCAGGGCCUCUGAGAAACGUAGUCCAAACGGCAAAAGCGCAGACAUUUAUACAAACAGACCUGAGAGCCGGCAGCUGGGACACCGCAGCUCCUAACCCGCCGCCCCGUAGACUCCUGGGAGCUCGAGCCCACGCCGAAGUGCGCAGGCGCGGACCACUGAGCCUCAGUCGGGGGACUCUUACCUUUUCAAAAGAAGAGCUCAAAAGAGAAGGUUCAUCUCUUGCAAAUCUCAAAGCCAUGCCUCAGGAUGAACUAGAGUAUGCCCUUACAGGGAUCAGUGUCAUUCAAGGAUGUGACUGUGGACUUCACCCAAGAGGAGUGGCAGCAGCUAGACCCUGAUCAGAAGGCCCUCUACAGGGACGUCAUGUUGGAAAACUAUUGCCACCUCAUCUCUGUGGGUUUUCACAUGACCAAACCUGAUAUGAUCCGCAAGUUGGAAGAAGGAGAAGAGCUGUGGACAACAGAGAGAAUUUUUCCAAAUCAGAGCUACCUAGAAGAAGAUGGGAAAACUGAAGAUGUUUUAAUGGAAUUUAAAGAAUACCAAGAUAGGCAUUUUAAAUCAGUUGUAUUCAUCAACCACAAAAGACUAAUUAAGGAAAGAAGUAAUAUUUUUGGGAAAACACUUACUGUGGGUAAGAACUGUAUUAUUUCAAAAACAACACUACAUGAAUAUAAACCUGAUGGAAAGGUUUUGAAAAAUAUUUCAGAAUUAGUCAUUAGAAAUAUAAGCCCUGUAAGAGAGAAGUUUGCUGAGAGUAAUGGAUGGGAGAAAUCACUCCUCAGUACUAAGCACGAGAAAAUUCAUACCGCGGGGAAUCUCUAUAAACAAACAGAAAGGAGCCUGAGUGGUAAACAAGAGCUUAUUCAACAUCAGAAGGUUCAAACUCCAGAGCAAUCAUUUGAUCACAAUGAAUGUGAAAAAUCCUUCCUUAUGAAAGGAAUGUUAUUUACACAUACUAGAGCUCAUAGAGGAGAAGGACCCUUUGAAUACAAUAAAGAUGGAAUAACCUUCAUUGAAAAGUCAAAUCCCAAUGUCCAUCCACAAAAUCUUAUGGAGAAGAAGCCCCAUGCAUAUAGCAAAUAUGGGAAAUUCCUCUGCAGGAAGUCCAUUUUUAUUAUACAUCAGCGAUCUCAAACAGAAGAGAAACCCUUUCAGUGUCCUUACUGUGGGAAUAGCUUUAGAAGGAAGUCUUAUCUCAUUGAACAUCAGCGAAUUCACACAGGUGAGAAACCUUAUGUUUGCAAUCAAUGUGGAAAAGCCUUCCGUCAAAAGACAGCCCUCACUCUUCAUGAGAAAACACAUAUAGAAGGGAAACCCUACAUUUGUAUGGAUUGUGGGAAGUCAUUUCGUCAGAAGGCAACCCUAACUAGACAUCACAAAACACACACAGGGGAGAAAGCCUAUGAAUGUACUCAAUGUGGAAGUGCUUUUAGAAAGAAGUCGUACCUCAUUGAUCAUCAGAGAACUCACACGGGAGAGAAACCAUAUCAAUGUAAUGAAUGUGGGAAGGCAUUUAUCCAGAAGACAACCCUCACUGUACACCAAAGAACUCACACAGGAGAGAAACCCUAUAUUUGUAAUGAAUGUGGGAAGUCCUUCUGCCAAAAGACAACCCUCACUCUCCAUCAAAGAAUUCAUACAGGGGAAAAACCCUAUAUUUGUAAUGAAUGUGGGAAGUCCUUUCGCCAGAAGGCAAUCCUCACCGUUCAUCAGAGAAUACAUACAGGAGAGAAAUCCAAUGGAUGUCCUCAGUGUGGGAAAGCCUUUAGUAGGAAAUCAAACCUCAUUCGCCAUCAGAAAACGCACACAGGAGAGAAACCAUAUGAAUGUAAAGAAUGUGGGAAGUUCUUCAGUUGUAAGUCAAACCUCAUUGUCCAUCAGAAAACUCACAAGGUAGAAACUACGGGAAUAUAAUAAAAUAUGUGACUUUUUUAGUAAAAACUUUUAAAGUCAUAGUAAACCCUGUAUAUGAUAUUGCUUGCAAGCGUAAUAAUAUUCAGCAGGUUAAGGUACUAUAUCACACAUACUUAUUUACUGUUUGCCAGCCUAUAAAACACAAGGAAAGAAUUACUAGACAAAUUAAAUGACAAAAAUAUUGAAAAUACAAGCCCCAAUUUUUUUAUCAUUGGAUUCAGCAGACAUAAACUUCCUCUAUCAAGUUGCUACAAACAUUUAAAAUUGCUUAUUUUUAAUUUCAAUACCUACCUUGUUGGGAACCAGCAAUAAACAGUUGGCUGACUGACAGUGGUCUACAAACCAUACUGUGAGCAAAAGAGUUUGAGGUAUGAACUGUGUUUAUCAUUGCAAAUAUGGAAUAAAAAUUAGUUGUUACCUCCU